GACUGUGGGAUUCCCACUGGCAUCCGGGUUUACACCGCGGUGGUCCGUCUAUUCCGCGCAGGCGGCCGCUGGCCUCAGGCUUUGGCAUUGCUUCCACAGAUGGCGGCCACGCUCACCCGGCCGGACUUGAUCUUCUGCAGCACGACGAUGAGCACCUGCGAGAGGGGCUCAGCCUGGGAGGCGGCUUUGGCACUGCUGAAGGACACCUCGAGGAACGAGCUGCAGGUGGACGUGAUUCUGUACAGUGCGGCCAUCGGUGCAUGCGCCAAAGGUCAGCAGUGGCAGCAGUCUCUGGCGCUUUUGGAUCAACUUCUGGAAAUGCAGCUGCGUAGCGAUGUCAUCGUCUUCAACACCGCCAUCAGCGCCUGUGCCAAGAGUGGGCAGUGGCAGGCGGCGCUGAGCUGCCGCAGCAACAGCUGCUGGGGUCCGAGGUCAGCUACAACACUUGCAUCAGCGCUUGCGCGAAGGCCGGACGAUGGGAGGAGGGUGCGCAACUACUCUCCGACCUUGUCGUUCUUCGAUUGCGGCCUGGGGCCAUCACCUUCAAUGCGGCGAUAG